AUGUUAGUAGACAUGCUUAUGGACAUUGCAAUACCAGAUGACUUCACGAAACUAUUACCUAUUGUCAUUCCUAUCAUAGUUUAUGGAGUAUAUUGGAUAAUUACCAUACCAGUUAAUAGGAUAAGGACAACUGAUAAUCUUGGUUAUAAUUUUAAGAAUGCUAAAACUGGUGCAGAAAGAGCAUUUUAUGUUAAGAAAAUUCAACGAAUGCGCAAAGCUGGCGAUCUGCCACCAGUAUUUCCAAAUGGGUGGUAUUGCAUUUCUGAAUCUUCGACGUUGAAACCGAAGCAAAUAAAGGAGGUGCCGGUUUUUGGAACUAUUAUGUCUUUGGUGCGAUCGGAAAAAGGCAAAGUUCACUUGAUGGAAUCCUAUUGCCCUCACUUAGGAGCCAACUUUAAUGUUGGAGGAAGGGUAGUAAACGAUAACUGUGUUCAAUGUCCAUUCCACGGUUGGAUAUUUUCUGCCGAGACUGGAAAAUGCGUUAAAAUCCCAUAUGAUGACGGCACUAUACCACCACAGGCUCAGGUUCAGACAUUCCCUGUCGUUGAGAAGAAUAAGAAUAUAUACUGCUGGUAUCACUCAGAUGGUGAAGAACCUGAAUGGCAAGUCCCUGACAUUGAAGAAAUAGGAAAAAGCUGGACAUAUGGAGGACGGACUGAGCAUGAGAUUCAAUGUCAUGCUCAAGAAAUUCCUGAGAAUGGGGCGGAUAUAGCUCAUUUGAACUAUCUUCACUUCUCUGCACCUGAUCAAGGAUCUGAUAUUACACGUAUCAGUCUUGAUGAUAUGAAACCUAGAAUAUCUCAUGCUUGGAAUGGAAGUUGGACUGAAGGAGUUGGCAAAGAAAAACAUAUAGGAACAAUGAUUUUAGAACAAUAUUUAGUUUUGUUCAGUCGUUUCAAGUUGCCAUUUACUGACAGCUAUCUGCGAGCAGAACAGCAUGGUCCGGGAAUAGUAUUGAUGUAUUUCGAUUUUGGAAUUAUCGGAAAAGGAUGUGUUCUGCAGCAUGUUACUCCUGAAGAGCCACUUCUUCAAAGAGUUCGAUUCAACAUGUUUUCGAACUGUCCAAGAUGGUACAACAAGUUCUUCAUAAUCAGUGAGGCUAUACAGUUUGAAAGAGACAUCUAUAUAUGGAAUAACAAACAGUAUGUCAAAGAACCAUUAGUGGUUAGAAACGAUGGUCCGAUCAAGAAGCAUAGAAGAUGGUAUUCUCAAUUUUACACGGAUAAUAGCCCCAGACUCGUUACCCACAACAGACUCGACAGACCAGUCUUUGAUAACUUUGAUUGGUGA